AGCAAUCAGCUGAGCCCAACUUGUGCGGACGCGGCUCAAACAUCGUACAACAUGCAGGAUCACAAGCAACACGUUUAACCCUGUGCACUGUUUGUCAUUCCAACGUGUACAGAAAACAAUCCAGUUAAACACCCUCUCUUUUAAUUCCACUUCGCCGUUCUUUCCCCGUGAAGAAUACCGAUUUGGAGACUGUUGUGCAGGGGUUUGGAGGUGCAUGUUACCAAUCACACCAAUUACGGGGACACUGAGUAUGGCCUUAGCUGGAUGCCCAGACUACUUCCUCCAUCAUCCAAACUACCAGGACAAUGUUGACUGCACCCCUUCUCACAGACCAUCAAAGCUAAUCAGUUCAAGCUUCCAGCAGUCGUCCAAUCGGAAUUCUCCAAAUCACCCAGAGGAUGAUGUAGAUCUGGAGGCCCUGGUGAAUGACAUGGCCUCUCUUUCGUCCUAUGAGAGCAUCUAUGCAACCUGUGGGACACAGCAUUCAGACUCCACCCCACUCUUGCACCGCAAUGAUGGCAGUGGGCUCCAUGGUAACAGAGUGGCCCCACUGCCACGGGCCCCUAGUAAUAAAGUGACUGCCCCCCACUCUCCUACCCAAAAGCUCCGGCGAUCACAGCCAAUGCACAUACAGGCCGUCAGGCGACUUCAAGAAGAAGAGUUGCAAGUUCGUCCGGCGUCCUUGCCAGCUAUUCCGAACCCUUUCCCUGAGCUCUGCAGCCCCUCGGGAUCUCCUGUGCUGAGCCCUGGAUCUCUGCCACAGCCAUCGGAGUCACAUAUCAUCAAGGUUUUCAGCGAGGAUGGUGUGGGAAAAGUUGUGGAAGUCCCCGCCAACAUGACGGCCAGAGAUGUGUGUCAGUUCCUGGUCUACAAGAACCACUGCCUGGAUGACAACUGCUGGUCGCUAGUGGAGCAUCAUUCCCUGCUUGGUCUGGGUAAGCCAGCAUACGUGUACAUUCAUUUUCUGCAUCCGUAUGACUUGUGCGCGUGGCACACAACCCAGUCUAAGAGGACACGGUGUUCUUUUGGAAUUCUCCUAUAUCAGAACUACAAGAGCCCACACCAGAGAAAGGCUGCCAUAUCAAACUUCACCACACCUGUGCGGAGUGUGUCCGAGAAUUCGCUGGUGGCCAUGGAUUUCUCAGGAAGGACGGGUCGUGUGAUUGACAACCCUGUGGAGGCUCAGAGCGCUGCCAUGGAAGAGGGACUCACUUGGAGAAAACGGGGUCAGAGAAUUAAUGUUUUGGGAAGCCCCAGUCCUAUACAUCCUUCACCGUUAAGCUCAGUGAUCCACAGGACGCAGUUAUGGUUCCAUGGCCGAAUUAUGAGAGAGGAGUCCCACAGGAUGAUUAUGCAGCAGGGCCAAGUUGAUGGGUUAUUCCUAUUGAGAGACAGCCAGAGCAACCCAAAAGCAUUUGUUCUCACGCUGUGCCAUCAUCAGAAGAUUAAACACUUCCAGAUUUUACCUUUUGAGGAGGACGGCCAGGUCUUUUUUAGCCUUGAUGACAGCUCUACCAAGUUCACAGACCUGAUCCAUCUGGUAGAGUUCUACCAGCUCAACAGGGGCAUCCUGCCCUGCAAACUCAAACACCCCUGCACCAUGGUGGCCUUAUGACCCCCUCCUGAUCUUUACAAACAACACACACACACAUAAAAGUAACUGAGAAACUGGAUGCUUUUUUCAAUAAUAAUUUCCAGUCAUUUUCACAAUAAGCUGACGCAACCCACAGGCAUGAAAAAGAUCUCUGUUUUUCUCACAGCUCUGGGAUUAGCAUGGAAACGUUUGGGAAUAAUUAUAGGACAAGAUCAACUUCCCGGACACCCUGUCCUUUGGUUUUGACAAGGGUGGCGGGUUUUUAAAAAAAAAAAUUAAACAGUCUCUGUGGUGAUAUUCAUGAACUUUCACUGAAAUCAAGACUUUUUCAUCAUUCAGGACAUGACACUAGACACACCCCCAAUGAACUGAUUGGAUCGGGACGGUCGUUUGUGUGGUGUGUCUGCGGAGACUUGCAUUGCAAAAAGUUACUUGAUGACGAUUGAUAUGUAUUAUAUUAUUUCCUACCUGAACAUUUUGCACUCUCAAGCUGAAAACAGGUGAUCCGCUUCAUCCUGAGCUUACCGCAAUAACUGUUACCCAUCUGCCUUCCUUCUACAGCUCACCCUUUCAUUUUUUGUCCUCUUCUAAACUCUUCCUGGGGAUUCCCUGUGUAAUGAUGGAUUAGUGCAGCAGAGAUGACAGUAGUGUCAAUUUGAGGUGACAAAUCCUCAGCCAAAUAAUGUAACCCGGUCUUUCAUACAUCGCUAUAUCUAUGUCAGCGAGGAGGGACUAGACGCAAGGGGUAGCAGACUUGCACUUGCUAUGCUUUACCAGCAUAAGAAUUAGUUACGUUUGGAGUUCUAAUCAAGCUUUGCCUUAAAGGAAUGUUCUGGGUUAAAUAUAACUUAAGCUCCAUCAACAUUCUCCAUCGCAUGCUGUUGAUUACAACAGAAAAUGUACUUUAAAAAACAAAAAGCAUGUCGACGGUCACCUGCUUAUAAUGCAGCUCCAUUUUUCUCAAUGAACUUGCUUUGUAAGUGGAUUUCAAUCAACAUAUUCGGUAUUCAAUUUGUUUCCAAGCUGUCAGACAAGAAUUUCUGUUAUAAAUUAAAUUAUGCCACAGAGUCGCACCAUAGUUUAAAGGGACAG